UUGAGUGCGAGAAAUUGCCGAUUGACCAACAGCAAGUCCAGAGUAAUUCCGUGCGACAAUGGAUACAAUGCGCUCUUAUUUAACAUGUUGGGUCCUGUUUCUUGGAGCGGGAGUUCAGAUAUCCAUCGCAUUGCAGUGCCACUGCCAGUGGUGUAGUAACAGCACCUGCUACACGGACGGCCUGUGCUUUGUGUCCUUCGUGAAGUCAGGCAGUAAGAUGGUGGCACAGGGGAGCAUGUGUUUACCUGAGGCAGACCUCAUCCCUAAGGACAGGCCAUUUGUCUGUGCCCCAUCGAAAAAAGAGAACACUGGGGUGGUCCCUGUCUGCUGCAACACAGACAUGUGUAACAAAGAUCCCGAUCCGGGCGACUACUCGUUGACAUUCCCCACAGCCCGUACGCCCCCCCUGAGCCCAGUAGCCCUGGCGGCUGUCAUCGCAGGGCCGGUGUGUGUGCUGUGCUUUGUGCUGCUGCUGGUGUUCUACGUGUGCCACAGCCGCUCUGUCGUCCACCGCCGUGUGCCCAACGAGGAAGACCCUACCAUGGACCACCCCUUCCUAGCUGACGGCCACACCCUCAAAGACCUCAUCUACGACAUGACCACCUCAGGCUCCGGAUCAGGCCUGCCCCUGCUGGUGCAGAGGACCAUAGCAAGGACCAUUAUCCUGCAGGAGAGCAUUGGGAAGGGGAGGUUCGGGGAGGUGUGGCGGGGCCGCUGGCGAGGAGAGGAGGUGGCCGUUAAGAUAUUCUCAUCUCGGGAGGAGCGCUCGUGGUUCCGCGAGGCUGAGAUCUACCAGACAGUCAUGCUGCGCCAUGAGAACAUCCUGGGCUUCAUCGCUGCUGACAACAAAGAUAACGGCACGUGGACCCAGCUGUGGCUGGUAUCAGAUUACCAUGAGCAUGGCUCCCUGUUUGACUACUUGAACAGGUACACGGUGACAGUGGAGGGCAUGAUCAAGCUGUCCUUGUCCACCUCCAGUGGCCUGGCUCACCUGCACAUGGAGAUUGUCGGCACGCAAGGUAAACCAGCCAUCGCCCACCGCGACCUGAAGUCUAAGAACAUCCUGGUGAAGAAGAAUGGUACCUGCUGCAUCGCUGACCUGGGAUUGGCUGUCCGCCACGACUCCGCCACCGACACCAUCGACAUCGCCCCCAAUCACAGAGUGGGAACCAAGAGGUACAUGGCCCCUGAAGUCCUGGAUGACUCAAUCAAUAUGAAGCAUUUUGAGUCGUUCAAGCGGGCAGACAUCUACGCCAUGGGCCUGGUGUUCUGGGAGAUCGCACGGAGAUGCUCAAUAGGAGGUAUCCACGAGGACUACCAGCUGCCCUACUAUGACCUGGUCCAGUCAGACCCCUCAGUGGAAGAGAUGAGGAGGGUGGUGUGUGACCAGAAACUAAGGGCCAACAUCCCCAACAGGUGGCAGAGCUGCGAGGUUUUACGGGUGAUGGCCAAGAUCAUGAGGGAGUGCUGGUACUCCAACGGGGCGGCCCGCCUCACCGCGUUGCGCAUCAAGAAGUCCCUGUCCCAGCUCAGCCAGCAGGAAGGCAUCAAGAUGUAAACUAGAGACAACGCCACCUGAAUGUCUGGAAUCUCGGUCCCCAUCUGUGUGCUGUUCCCCUACGCCUCCUCUUUCUCUGAAGGAGGAGGGAGGGAGGUGAUGGUACAAUCAGGUGGGUGUGUUUACCCUUCUAUGACUCAUUCCUUUAAGGCUGAUUGGAGAGAUUGUGCUCUCCUCUAAGAUGGCAUUAAAACAUGGGUUGAUUCCAGUGGAUAACCUGGAUAAUACUCUGUCUGGACUCUGGAUGCAGAGACACAACCCCCUGACCCUCCUGUUGGUUUGCCUGACUGGUUGCAACAAGCCCUUCUUUCUUACCCACAACAGAUACUACUUGACUUUUAUUGGGACCUCCUGUAGGAAUUCCAUAGAAAAUAUUCAGAAUCAAAGAAAUUAGUUACAUUGAAAGAAAAUAUACAUUUUCAAAUACCUCUGUCUGGUUAUUUCUCAAAGUACCGUGGUCUGUGUCUAUUUAAGCAUUUCAUUCAAACAGGAUUGAGUGUUACUCAUAUGCAUUUAUUUUUUUCACUCAACAUCUUGUACCUUUUUAACAUACAUUUUACAGAUGCCAGUUCCAUAAUUGUGUAUACUUUUGUCAAGAAAAACUGAAUAUGACCUUUAUCAAGACUUGUCAAAUAUGCAGUGAAAUAUGCAAUAUUUUAUUCAUUGCUAUGUACUGGUAACUGACAAAAUAAAGGAAACACUUGAGUAAAUACAAAGUAUAUUGAAAGCAGGUACUUUAACACAGGUGUGGUUCCUGAGUUAAUUAACCAAUUAACAUCCCAUCAUGCUUGGGGUCAUGUAUAAAAAUGCCCAGUUGCCCAUUAUUUUGACUGCCAUGGCUAGUAGAAGAGAUUUGCCUUUGAAAGAGGGGUCUCGAAGGAGCAUAGGGGGUUUAAAGGGUUUGUGAGUGUGUGACCAGAUCUCAACCUAAUUGAACAGUUAUGGGAGAUUCUGGAGCAGCGCCUGAGACCGAGUUUUCCACCUCCAUCAACAAACCACUAAAUUAUGGAAUUUCUCAUGGAAGAAUAUUGUCGCAUCACUCCAAGACACUUGUAAAAUCUAUGCCAAGGCACAUUGAAGCUGUUCUGGGACUCAUUGUGGCCCAACGCCCUAUUAAGACACCUUUAUGUUGGUGUUUCCUUUAUUUUGGCUGUCACCUGUAUAUUUAUUUCUUACAGUGUAAAUAUGAGUCAGUCAGACAAGGCUGGUGGGAGGAGCUAUUAAGAGACUCAAUGUAAUGGCUCGAACGGAAUUAAUUGAACUAUCAAACAUAUGGAAACCAUGUUUGGCUCCUUUCCAUUAAUUCCAUUCCAGCCAGUGCAAUGAGCCCAUCCUCCUAUAGCUCCUCCCACCAGCCUCCUCUGGAGUGGGUGUGUAUGCUGUACUCUAUUCCUAUGUAUUUUUUUUGUGUGUAUACAGGUGUACAUUCUAUAUGUACAUAGAGUACACCUAAGCUGAUAGAUAUACUGAACAAAAUUAUAACGCAACAUGCAACAAUUUCGAAGAUUUUACUGAGUUACAGUUCAUAAAAGGAAAUCAGUAAAUUAAAAUAAAUUAAUUAUGCCCUAAUCUAUGGAUUUCACAUGACUGGGCAGGGGCUCUUUUAUUUCAGUUCAUGAAACAUGCGACCAACACUUUUACGUGUUGCAUUUAUCUUUUUGUUCUGUAUAGUAUACCUCUAUUUUAUACAAAGCACUCUUCAUUCUUUCAACCAUAACCAUGAAGUGCUCUGAAUCAAGGAGGUUCUCUGAAGGAAUGGGUCCUCCUACUGCCAUAGGAAGAAAUGCAGUGGAAGUCCGGGUCAAAUUCAUUAGGCACCAAACGGAUUACCUGGACUUAUCCAAUAAGACCUUCUUGUUUUUGUAUUCCACUGAGUAGUGCUACGAUGUGCACUAAUGAAUACAAUUAAGCAACACCGUGAUACCAGUUUACCUUUCAAUCUUCUCAGUAGGAAUCAAACCUGGACGGUCUUAAGGGAAAGCAUUGCCGGAGCUGCAUUAUAUACACUAUUUUCUGUAUAUUUGUAUCGCUUUUAUGUGAAUGAGUUUUCACAUCUAGGGGCAUAACAUUUCAAACAAGAAUGUACAUUUGGAUAUCUUAGAUUUGUGUACAGCUCUACCUUUACAGUGAGAAGGCCCCAUGAGACCUAUACAGGUCCUGUAGUCUAUCUUUCAUUUGUUGCAUGAAUGAAAGACAGAACAUUUUACUUCACUAGUUGGAGAUUCAUUAUGCUGCUAAACAUACAGAUGUGAUCAUGUGACAUCCCUUAUUAUUUUCCAGUAGGACAGAACACAGAAAGGAUAAUUAAUAAUAAUAAUAAUAAUAAUAUAUCCCAUUUAGCAGACGCUUUUGUCCAAAGCGACUUACAAGUCGGCUGGGGCCACUACUUUUGCAUAUGGGUGGCCCCAGUGGGAAUCGAACCCACGACGCUUGGCGUUGCAAGCGCCAUGCUCUACCGACUGAGCCACACAGGACCCAUAAUUAAGCGAGUCAAGGAAAUGCUGUAGGUCAUCUGAGGUAGACAUUGUUUCAUAUCUCUUUAGUAGCAAUAAGUGCACUUCUGAGCAUUGCUGCAUAAUUACAUUUGAAAAAAUAUAUAAUCUACCCUAAUAGAAUCGACUAUGAAGUACUGUGAGCAGAGGUCAGAUGAACGCUUGUCAAGUGCCAUGGCAUUUAGAUUUGAACUUUUUUUUUUUUUUUUUUUUGCAAAACCAGAGGUACAUGCUGUAUUCAUAUCUGCUACUGUGUUAUUUGUUUUUGUCUUUUAGCAAGUUUACAUCAACCUGCUUAAACCAAAUCAAAACGCCCUUGAACUAUUGUGCCAUGCAUGGAAUGCAUAAUUGGUCAACUGGUCAUUACAGAACAGUGUUGUGGAUGGAAAAACAACGUGGUGUUUUUUCACAUUUGUCAGACUUGAGGUGAAGGAUAUUGCUGCUAUGAUAUACAGUGUAUGUUAAACCAAAAAAGUAUUAUUUUACAGUGGAACAAGAAAUGCAACUGUUGUCAUGACUCAUCCAACAAUUUUAUUUUCUACGUCAUUCCUCUGUCUCAUCAGCAGCCUUUUACUUUUCUGACUCUCAUAGAAACAUCCAGGUAUUUAUCUUGGCAACAUAAACAGCCUCUGACUCCCUACCAGCAAGGACUCCACUAACUAUGAUCACUAUCUGCUAGUCUAGCUUUCACCAGGAACCUUGCAUUUGCCCCCCUCCCAGUUUCAAAACUGUUCUACAUUUUGAUAUUUCCUUUCCCAAUUGUUCUGUAAUCUAUAAAUGUGCUGUGAAUUGUACUGUGUUUUGUAUCUGUGUGUAGAGUACCUUCAGAAAGUAUUCAUACCCUUUGACUUAUUCCAUAUUUUGUGUUACAGCCUGCAUUCAAAAUGGAUUACAUUGGUCAGGGGGGUGAGAAAAAACAAAGUGCUUAUUUUGAAUUUGGACUGUAACAUCAAAAGGUGGAAUAGGCCAAGGGGUAUGAAUACUUUCUGAAGCACUCCCCAUUAUUUUCAGUGAGUGGAAUUGAAUCCCCCAAUUGCCAGUAAUCCAGUAUGUAGCCAUUAUUACACAUACAUGAUUACGGUCGUCACCUCUCACUGACCUGAACUCAAGCACUCAUUUGCUAAAGGAGAAGAGCCCUGUGGCGGUAUGUACUGAAUGAGAUGCUCUGAUUAGCAGAAGGAGAAGAAGACCAGUGAGGCAGGCAGCGAAGAAUACAUAUUUAGUAGUGGGCUUCUAAUGCAACCACAAAAUUGGAAAUUGAUAUUAAGCUCUGCUGCGUAGUACAGAUUGUGAAACAGAAUAAAAUAAAAUAAAAAUACGCUUCUGGUCAGCAAACCAUUUUGAAACGUACAGUAUUUGAGGGAUAAUAUGAAGAUUCCCUGGUCAUCUAUAUCACAUAUUGCACAGUAGCUGUAAAGUAGCUGCAGUAUGUGCUAUUACGUACUGGCUCCAGCAGAAGAAAGCCUUCUUAUUUAUCCCAGUGCCUAUGUUUGACUUCUGUGAUAUUAUAUGGAACCAGGUUCAAAGUCCAGCACAUGUUCUGCUGAAAAGGAAAUGAAACAAAGUUUGAUUGAAACACAAUCAAAAAAAAAAAAGGAAACGAUACCUCCUCUCGGCACACCAAUGUUUUUAAUGUUUUAUUAUUAUAAUUUACCUCAAUGUACAUAAUACUUUUAUCUUCCACGUUUGACAUUCUAUUUCCAUGAAAUGUCUAAUUGAAAUAAUACUAAUGCACAUUUCUUUGUCAGUGGUACUCCGUAUAAGGUGUUUGUUGUGCCCAUAUGUUUAGGAAGUUUUCCUACUGCCUCGGUUUGAACAACCUCUUAUUUGAGAAUUGUUGAUAUUUGAAGAAUGCUUUUCAUCUCUUUAGAACCCUUUCAAGUUGUAGAGAAAGCCCCUGUACAGUUUCAUAUAUACCAUUUGUUUGGAGGGUCAUGUUACACCACACAUCUUUUCAGAGGUGCUUUUUCUCUGCUCCCUAAGAUAAAGUAUGUUGUAAAGUGUUUAAAAGAAUGAGCGCUCGACAUAGGAAUUCAGAUGACUUUGGCUAUUAUUUCAAGUUCAUGUAUAGUGAAGUAGGACGUUUUGUGAAUAAAUAUAUAUGCAUUUUC